AUGGCGCCACACGUGGAGGUGGGAAGCAGCUCUCUGAAAGGUGAUGAAUGGGCUAGCAACAACUAUGGAACCACAUCAUUAUCUGGAAGAGAGCUCUUCACUGUCAACUCACCCAACGUGGAAUACAAUGAGAGUGAAGUUCUUUCCAAGUACACGUACCGAACAACAAGUGUUACGAAGGACGCCACUACUGGUAAAUACGUUGCAACUCCCAAGGAAACUCUGUAUGAAUUCAGAGUCGACCGCCGCAUCCCGAAAAUCGGAGUCAUGCUUGUUGGCUGGGGCGGGAACAACGGCACGACAGUGACGGCUGGAAUCAUUGCCAAUCGACGUGGGCUCGUAUGGGAGACCAAAAACGGCCCGAGAGCUGCCAACUACUACGGUUCGGUGGUUAUGGGAUCCACCAUAAAGCUCGGCAUCGACGCUGAACAUCGAGACGUGAAUAUUCCUUUCCACGAUGUACUUCCAAUGGUUCACCCCAACGAUCUCGUCAUUGGUGGCUGGGAUAUCAGCAGCAUGAAUCUCGCAGAUGCCAUGGACCGAGCAGCUGUGCUUGAACCCACCCUGAAAAUGCAAGUCAAGAAGGAGAUGGCCCAAAUGGUUCCACUUCCCAGCGUCUACUACCCCGACUUCAUUGCUUCUAAUCAAACUGAUCGAGCAAACAAUGUUCUUUCUGGCAAUCGCGCAUGCAUGGAUCAUGUUGACCAGAUUCGCCAAGAUAUUCGCGAUUUCAAAAGCGCAAACAACCUGGACAAGGUCAUAGUCCAGUGGACUGCUAAUACGGAACGUUACGCCGAUAUAGUCCCUGGUGUGAAUGACACGGCUGAAAACUUGCUCAAGGCCAUUGCUGAGGGCCAUGAGGAAAUUGCACCUUCGACUAUCUUUGCAGUAGCUUCAAUUCUUGAGAAAUCCCCCUUUAUCAAUGGCUCGCCCCAGAACACGUUUGUUCCGGGAGUGAUGGAUCUUGCCUCACAGCACGGCUCCUUUAUCGGUGGCGAUGAUUUCAAAUCCGGGCAGACGAAGAUGAAAUCUGCCCUGGUAGAGUUUUUAAUCAACGCAGGAAUCAAGCUCGUCUCUAUCGCGAGCUAUAACCAUCUGGGAAACAACGACGGAAGGAACUUGAGCGAACAGAAGCAGUUCCGGUCUAAGGAGAUUUCAAAGUCCAAUGUAGUCGAUGACAUGGUGGAGGCAAACACUGUGCUUUACAAGGAGGGCGAAUACCCGGACCACACUGUCGUCAUCAAGUACAUGCCUGGCGUGGGUGACGACAAACGGGCUCUCGAUGAAUAUUAUGCUGAGAUCUUCCUCGGUGGUCAUCAAACGAUUUCAAUCUUCAACGUCUGCGAGGACUCUCUCCUUGCCUCGCCACUAAUCAUCGAUCUUGUGUUGAUCACCGAGAUGAUGACUAGAAUCCAGUGGAGAACAAGCUCGGGCGGCGAGUCCACCGCGUACGAGAGUUUUCACAGUGUCCUCAGUAUUCUCAGCUAUAUGCUGAAAGCUCCAUCGACUCCCCCAGGAACCCCGGUCGUCAAUGCAUUGGCGAAACAGCGCGCAGCGCUGACAAACAUCUUCCGUGCGUGUGUGGGUCUUGAGCCGGAAUCGGAUAUGACCCUAGAACAUAGACUGUUCUAG